GGUUCGCCAGGAAGGUGCACUACAACAGAGCCUUUCUGAGAAGUUAACUGCUUUAAAAUGGUGGCUUUUUACUAAUGCCACCAAGUGUACAUGUUUCCCAUGUAGUUCAAUAUGCAUGCGAUAUUUAGGCGUAGAUUGUCGGCUGUCAGCUACAGUCAGGAAAUAUUGGAGCGGCCUAGCAUCGCAUUUGCAACAGCGUCACAACAAACACUCUUCCCUCUCCGCGUCUAUGACUUUUCUGGUGUCAUUCAACCAACGUAGUAACGCAUAGUAACGCACAUUGUCUCGUUGCCGAAACGGUGACAAAAUCCGAGCGGAGAAAAAAAACGUAAUGCACGAAAGACGUAUAGAUUUUGAAAGUACGGCGUACAUAUUUAAAAAUCAGUGCUCACUUGUACGAAUUACGCCGAAACCGUACAACUUGACAGGUAUGCAUCUUGAAUGUGAGGUUGUCAUUUAGGCUGCUUUUUAAUUAAACUAAGCUGGUUUAGCUGUGUCAUUGGGCUGGAAACAGUCUUUCCGAUCUGGCAACCCUAACAGUGAAUCAUCUUAAUUAUUUUGCAUCCGCUUCACACACCUUUUUUAAUGUCGAGUUGAAAGGUGAUUGUGUUGAAGAGAAGAAAGACUAGGUCAGCCAUGUGGAUGCGUCUGUUGAACAGCUGAGGAGGAAGAGGGGGCGAUAAGUGUGUGUGUGUGUGUGUGCGGAGAGGAGGAAAGAGAGGAGGAGGAGCGGUGUCCGUGUGUGUGUGUGUGUGUGUGUGUGUGGAAAAAAAGGAAGCGGAGCCUGUAAACGGCGAACUCGCUGCUUUCCUCUCGCCCUCCAAGCAACGAAGAGCGACGGGCUACUUUUUGCUUUCUUUCUUCGCCUGAAUCCGUCGUCGAUGAAAGAGCGAGUCGGAAGACUUCGGACCGGGCCGGGGUGGGUGAGGAGGUACCGCCGACAUAGAAGCUCGCUCGCUCGCCUCGUUGCCAUCGGACCUAAGAGCGAGGUGAAGCCCGUCUUUUGUUGAAACAAGUGCCGCUCGCUUCAGUUCCUGCGGGGCUUUAUUCGUGUGAAAUACAAGUGGCUUUUUAUGCCUUGAUCGGGAUUUGCCGCAGCGAGUUGACUUGCUUGGGUCAUCCCGGGCGAGGAUUUCAAGAACUUGUUUGCACCGGGACUCCCCAAGAAUCAGCAGACUGGCGGAUUUUCUGAAACACUGGGGUUGUUGGUGUGGCCAAAUUUUCCCUGGAUUUGACUAGUAAAUUCAGAAGACUGAAGCCCAGGCUCACAGUCUACCUUUCACGGAGGCCCAGCCGUGAGAGGACUGAGGAAGGCACGUGGCGGAUCAUGACGGCUGACAAAGAGAAGGAACGAGAGAAAGAACGGGACCGGGACAGAGAUCGGGACAGGGACAAGAGGGAAUCCGGGAAGUCCCGCCGGCAAGACGGGGACCGGGGCGAGGGCGAGAGCUCCAGGCCCAGGCGCAGUUGUACGCUGGAGGGGGGCGCCAAGAACUAUGCGGAGAGUGAACACAGCGAGGAUGAGGACAAUGACAACGGCAGCACGGGCGGAGGCAGUGGCACGGCCGAGGAUGCCGGCAAGAAGGGCAAAAAGAAAAUGCCCAAGAAGAAGUCUCGCUACGAGCGCAUGGAGAACGGAGAAAUCACAUCCUUCAUCACAGAAGACGAUGUUGUUUACAGACCAGGAGAUUGUGUGUACAUUGAGAGUCGCAGGCCCAACACUCCCUACUUCAUUUGUAGCAUUCAAGAGUUCAAACUGAGUAAACGGGACCAUCUGCUGAUGAAUGUGAAAUGGUACUACCGCCAAUCAGAAGUGCCCGACUCUGUCUACCAGCACCUGGUGCAGGAUCGCAACAAUGAAAACGACUCCGGGCGCGAGCUAGUUAUCACAGAUCCAGUAGUCAGGAGUCGAGAGCUCUUCAUCUCCGACUAUGUGGACACUUACCAUGCUGCUGCUCUCAGGGGGAAAUGCAACAUUUCACAUUUCUCCGACAUUUUUGCUGCCAGGGAGUUCAAAGCCCGCAUUGACUCCUUUUUCUAUAUCCUGGGAUACAACCCAGAGACCAGGCGGCUAAACAGCACUCAGGGGGAAAUCCGGGUUGGCCCCAGUCACCAAGCCAAGCUUCCGGAGCUCCAGCCUUUCCCCUCCUCUGGUGGCCAGGCCGUCACGGAGAACGAGGAGCUGGUCUGGAUGCCGGGAGUCAACGACUGUGACCUUCUCAUGUACCUCAGAGCCGCAAGGAGCAUGGCCGCCUUUGCAGGGAUGUGUGAUGGAGGAUCGACAGAGGACGGAUGUCUGGCGGCCUCUCGAGACGACACUACAUUAAACGCACUCAACACACUUCACGAGAGCAGCUACGAUGCCGGCAAAGCUCUCCAACGGCUGGUGAAGAAGCCGGUACCAAAGUUGAUUGAGAAGUGCUGGUCUGAAGAUGAAGUGAAGCGCUUCAUUAAAGGCUUGAGACAGUUCGGCAAGAACUUCUUCAGGAUCCGGAAGGAGCUCCUGCCAAACAAAGAAACGGGUGAGCUGAUUACCUUCUACUACUAUUGGAAGAAAACCCCAGAAGCGGCCAGCUGUCGAGCCCAUCGCAGACAUCGCCGCCAACCCGUCUUCCGCCGCAUCAAGACCCGAACGGCUUCGACUCCCGUCAACACACCUUCCCGUCCGCCCUCAAGUGAAUUUUUGGACCUCAGCUCGGCCAGCGAAGAUGACUUUGACAGCGAAGACAGCGAACAAGAGCUAAAGGGCUACGCCUGCCGCCACUGCUUCACUACCACCUCCAAGGACUGGCACCACGGGGGCAGAGAGAACAUCUUGCUGUGCACAGACUGCCGCAUCCACUUUAAGAAGUACGGCGAGCUGCCUCCCAUCGAGAAACCGGUAGACCCUCCGCCAUUUAUGUUCAAACCCGUCAAAGAGGAAGAGGAUGGACUUAGCGGGAAGCAUAGCAUGAGGACCAGACGGAACCGAGGCUCGAUGUCAACGCUACGUAGCGGUCGUAAGAAGCAAACAGCCAGUCCCGAUGGCCGAGCCUCGCCUAUCAACGAGGAUCUUCGCUCCAGCGGGCGUACUUCGCCCAGUGCCGCUAGUACCGACAGCACCGACAGCAAGACGGACACCAUGAAGAAGCCGAGCAAAAAGAUAAAAGAGGAGGCUCCUUCACCCAUGAAGAGUGUCAAACGGCAGCGAGAGAAAGGAGCUUCAGACACGGAGGAACCAGACAGGGCCAGCGCCAAAAAGACCAAAACACAAGAGUUGAAUCGACCAGACUCGCCGUCCGAGUGCGAGGGUGAAGGGGAGGGCGAGAGCUCUGAUGGACGAAGUAUCAACGAGGAGCUCAGCAGCGAUCCUAAGGACAUCGACCAGGACAACCGCAGCUCUUCCCCGAGCAUCCCCAGCCCCCGUGACAACGAGAGCGACUCCGACUCUUCUGCUCAGCAGCAGCUGCUCCUGCAGAGCCAGCACCCUCCGGUCAUCCAGUGUCAGCCGAGCACCUCGUCAGCCGCGCCGCUGCCACCGCCUCCCCCCGCGGCUUCGAUCCCUUCGGUUUCCCCCGCGGCAGCCUCUGCAUCCCUGCCGCCCCAGCCUCUCGCUCAAGCCGGCCCUGUUGCUCUUAUCCCAUCGGGUGCCUCCCUCCAUCCUCAACGGCUUCCCUCUCCACAUUCGCCCCUGACUCAAGCUCCACCCACCGGUCCUCCUGCGCCACCUCCGUCAUUACCUGGGUCGCAUCACGGCCCCGUACCGCACCCGCACAUGCCUCACCCUCUCUCCAUGCCAGCCCAGGGCUUCCCUGUCCAGUCUCAGGUCCCGCCUUUACCAAUAUCUGGCCAGUCACAACCAAGACCGCACAGCCCGCCCUCGCAGUCUUCUCCUCACAGCGGAGGACCGCCUCCCCGGGAGCAGCCGCUCCCACCUGCGCCCAUGUCGAUGCCUCACAUCAAGCCUCCCCCGACCACGCCAAUCUCUCAGAUAGCCACUCCGCAAUCCCACAAACACCAACCGCACGUGUCGGCGCCUCCGUUCCCGCAGAUGCCUUCCAACUUGCCGCCUCCUCCCGCCCUCAAGCCCCUCAGCUCUCUGUCCACACACCAUCCUCCGUCGGCGCACCCGCCUCCCCUUCAACUCAUGCCUCAGGGGCAACAGCUUCAGCCUCCCCCGGCGCAGCCUCCGGUUCUCACCCAGUCCCAAAGCCUCCCUCCAUCUUCCGGCCACCAGCCUCCUGCGGCUCCUCCACCCUCCGUAGGGGCGUCGCACCCCGCCGGCCCGCCUCAGCUACCCUUCCCCUCUCACCCUUUCAGUACCGUUCUACCUCCGACCGGACCUUCCGCGUCCUCGUCAAACUCUAUGCCGGGGUUGCAACCUGCGUCUUCUUCCGUCCCGCCCUCCUCUAUCUCCAUGCCGCUCCCCGCCUCAGUCACUUGCGGCCUGGGCCCGGCGUUACCGCCCGUGCACAUCAAGGAGGAGCCGCCGGACGAGACCGAGGAGCCGGAGAGCCCGCCUCCCCCGCCGAGGAGUCCCUCUCCCGAACCCACUGUCGUCAACACGCCGAGCCACGCCAGCCAGUCUGCGAGAUUCUACAAGCAUCUGGAUCGUGGUUACAACUCGUGCGCAAGGACCGAUUUUUACUUCACACCUUUGGCCUCGUCCAAACUGGCCAAGAAACGAGAGGAAGCUGUGGAGAAAGCCAAGCGGGAAGCGGAGCAAAAAGUGCGAGAAGAGAAGGAAAGAGAAAGGGAGAGGGAAAAGGAACGAGAAAGAGAGCGGGAACGAGAAAAGGAGGCUGAGCGAGCGGCGAAAGCCUCAGCUUCAGCCCACGAGAGCAGAAUGGGUGAACCUCAGAUGGCUGGUCCCGCCCACAUGCGUCCCCCCUUCGACGGACCCCCCACCACCAUUGCGGCCGUGCCUCCAUACAUCGGGCCCGACACUCCUGCCCUGCGCACCCUCAGCGAAUACGCCCGACCCCACGUCAUGUCCCCCACCAAUCGAAACCACCCCUUCUUCGUGUCCCUCAACCCUGCCGACCCGCUGCUGGCCUACCACAUGCCGGGCCUGUACAACGCCGACCCGGCCAUGCGGGAGCGAGAGCUACGGGAGCGGGAGAUGCGCGAGAGGGAAAUUCGCGAGAGGGAGCUUCGGGAAAGGAUGAAACCCGGUUUUGAGGUCAAACCCCCUGAAAUGGACGCCCUCCACCCUUCGGCGAACCCCAUGGAGCACUUUGCCCGGCACGGGGCCAUCACGUUGCCCCCCAUGGCCGGCCCUCACCCCUUCGCCUCCUUCCACCCGGGCUUGAACCCGUUAGAGCGCGAGCGGCUGGCCCUCGCCGGGCCCCAGCUGCGACCGGACAUGAGCUACCCGGAGAGGCUGGCGGCGGAAAGACUCCACGCCGAGAGGAUGGCCACGGUGGCCAACGACCCCAUCGCCAGGCUCCAGAUGUUCAACGUCACGCCUCACCACCACCAGCACUCGCACAUCCACUCCCAUCUGCACCUGCACCAGCAAGACCCCCUUCACCAAGGCGGUGGUGAAUGUCUUGUGUGUCCUCCAGGUUCCGGGGCCCACCCCCUGGCCGUAGACCCCCUGGCGGCCGGACCGCACCUGGCCCGCUUCCCUUACCCGCCCGGCGCCAUCCCCAACCCGCUCCUCGGCCAGCCGCCGCACGAACACGAGAUGCUGCGCCACCCGGUAUUCGGAGCCCCUUACCCACGGGAGCUGCCCGGAGGUCUGCCGCCGCCCAUGUCGGCGGCCCACCAGCUGCAGGCCAUGCACGCCCAGUCGGCCGAACUCCAGAGGCUGGCCAUGGAGCAGCAGUGGCUGCACGGGCACCAUCACAUGCACGGAGGCCCGCUUCCUGGUCAGGAGGACUACUACAGCCGACUGAAGAAAGAAAGCGACAAGCAGCUGUAACGGGCCGAGGGAGGCGUCAGGAAGUUGUGAAGAACUCGAAAAGGCCAAGGGGAUCCAAAUUCUUCGUUUUCAAAAGGCUUUAUUUUCUUCUUUCUUUGGUAUAUAGCCAGUAAAAGUGACACGACAUCCCGAAGACUCCUGCAUGACAAGCUGUCCUGACAUUUUUUUUGUAGGUGCUAGAACAAGACACACUGUGCUUAUCCAAAAACAAAACGCGGCCGCUGACGGGAAAAAAAAAAAAACAAGUGCUAUCUUAAAUUCAACCUUUAUUUUAAUACGUCGCUGGAGCUUUUUCAGAAGAGCUGCCGCAUGGAUUUUUUUUUUCUUUUUGAAUUUGUAAAUAGUAUAUAUAAACAUAUAAUGAUUAUAAUUAUUAUUAUUACUAGGUGUGGACAAACAAGUUGUUUCAAAACUCCGCUGCAGUUUGUGUUGACGCGUUACCCCUUGUUUCAGAGGGGAGCACCAUGGCAUUAUGCUUAUGAUUUGAGCCAUUUGAGUUGUGACCUUAGUCUGACAUCGCCGUGUUAGAUUUAGCCCCACCCACGUAGCCCAUGUGAUGACCCGGCCCGCCCCCGAACCCAACCCGUCGCUCUCCUGCUCAUCGCACAUCAGCUUUUUCAGAACGCGGCGUGUCUGCUUCAUGACUUGAAGCAUUUUGAAGCUUCACUCGACCGCGACCAAACACAUUUGCACCGAAAUUGUUUUUUAUGCUUCCGUUGACGUUUUUAUUUUGGUCAAAAACAUAUAAAGUGAACUUUUAACCCGCCACUCCCGCUCAUCCCACACCGGCUUUUUCAAAACAUGGGGUGUCUGCUUCGUGACUUGAAACAUUUUGAAGCUUCAUUUGACCAUGACCAAACACGUUUGCACCAAAUUGGCUUUUUAUCCUUCCGGUGACGUCGUUAUUUUGGCCAAACACAUAUUAAGUGAACUUUUUACCUGUUGCACCUGCUCAUCCCACAGAACGUGGCGUGUCUGCUUCGUGACUUGAAACAGUUUGAAGCUUCACUCAGCCGCGACCAAACACAUUUUCACCGAAGUUGUUUUUUAUCCUUCUGUUAACUGCGUUAUUUUAGCCCAAAAAAAAUAUACAGUGAACUUUUACUCUCUUUUAAACUGUCACUCUCACUCGUCCCACAUCGGCUUUUUCAGAACCCAGCAUGUCGGCUUUGCGACUUGAAACAUUUUGAAGCUUCACUUGACUGUAAUCAAAUGCAUUUGCACUGAAAUGGCUUUUUAUCCUUCUGUUGACGUGGUUAUUUAGCCCAAAAACAUAAAAAGUUAACUUUUAACCCGUCGUUCGUGCUCAUCGCACACCAGCUUUUUUCCAAAACGCAACGUGUCGGCUUCAUGACUUGAAACAUUAGGAAGCUUCACUCGGUCAUGCCCAAGCGCAUUUGUACCGAAAGUGAUUUUUGUCUUUCUGAUGAUACCGUUAUUUUGGCCAAAAACAUAUAAAGUGAACUUUUAACCUGACACUAGCCACGUUUACAUGCUGACUUUUAUUCAUACCGAUUCAAAUCAUUCCGAAUGGAAAUUUCUCAUCAGCUUUUUACAUGUCACUUCAUCUAUUCCGAUCCAGCGUUUACAUGUGACUGCCUUUAUUCCGAAAGGACGUUUGACAACUGCCGUCUUACAUGCGCAGAUUAAUCAAAACAAAGCGUCACGUUGCAAAACAUGGAGAUCGAUAGUCAGAUCAGCUGCUGUUUUAACUUUUCGAGUGGAAACAAAACUUCAGAAUGAUAAGCCGUUCAUUUAAAAAGUUGUGUGGGUGCGCUGUGCGUGUGCUUGGAAGCCAUGUUGCAAGUGACGUUACUUACGUCACCGAGUGACGUCACCACGUCAGUACGGAGCAUGCGCAGAAAGAACGCAACCAGACACCAUUCGGCUUCCCUGUUUACAUGAUAUAAUUUUACUUCUAAUCGGUUUGGGAAAAGGAAUAUUCCACCCCUGUGAAUCGGAAUGAAAUUCCAUUCGGUUUAGGCCUGUUCAUUCCGAAUGAGGUGUUUAUAUGGAACACAUUUAUUCGGUUUGAACAAAUAUUCCGAUUGUAAUUGGAAUAUUUGGCUCCAUGUAAACGUGGCAACUCCCGCUCAAUCCUAUAUCAGCUUUUUCAGAACGCAGUGUGUCGGUUUUGUGACUUGAACCAUUUUGAAGCUUCACUAGACCACGACCAAAUGCAUUUUCUCUAAAAUGGCUUUUUAAUCUUUCUGUUGACAUCAUUAUUCAGCCCGAAAACAUAUAAAGUGAACUUUUAACCCGUCGCUCCCACUCAUCUCACACCAGCUUUAUCAGAACGUUGCAUGUCAGCUUUGUGACUUGAAACAUUUUGAAGCUUCACUUGACCAUGACCAUUCACGUUUGUACCAAAUUGGCUUUUUAUCUUUCCGUUGAUGUCGUUAUUUUGGCCAAAAACAUGUCAAGUGAACUUUUAAUCUGUCUCUCCCACUCAUCCCACGUUAGCUUCUUCAGAACGCGUCGUGUCAGCUUUGCAACUUGAAACAUUUUGAAGCUUCACUCGAUCACGCCCAAACGCAAUUGUACCGAAAUUGCUUUUUAUCCUUCCGUUGACAUCGUUAUUUAGCCCAAAAACAUAUAAAGUGACAUUUGAACCUGUCACUCCCACUCAUCCCAUAAAAGCCUUUUCAGAACUUAUCAUGUCGGCAUUGUGACUUUUGAAGCAUUUUCAAGCUUCACUUAACCACAACCAAACACGUUUGCAUCGAAAUGGCUUUUCAUCCUUUCGCUGACAUCAUUAUUUCGGCCAAAAACAUUUCAAAUGAAAUUUUAACCCAUCGCGCUCACUCAUCCGACAUCAGCGUUUUCAGAACGUGGCGUGUCGGCUUUGUGAGUUGAAACAUUUUGAAGCUUCAAUUGACUGCAACCAGACAUGUUUCAUGACUUUUUAUCCUUCCGUUAACUUUGUUAUGUUGGCCAAAAAUAUAUCGAGUAAAAAUUUAACCUGUCACUCCAACUCAUUCCACACUAGCCUUUUCAGAACGUAGUGUCUUUGCGACUUGAACCAUUUUGAAGCUUCACUUGACCACGACUAAACUCGUUUGCGCCCAAAUGGCUUUUUAUCAUUUUUGUUGACUUCAUUAUUUAGGCCAAAAACAUAUAAAGUGAACUCUUACCGUGUUUGGUUUUAUUGUUUUUCUAUCAAUUUGGACAGUUUUUUUGAUUCAUGUUUUUAAACUCGACGCACAAAGACUGUGGACUUGUUACGGAUCUCGACAACACUGUGGCUUAUUCGUUUUUGGAAUCGUUUUGUUUUUUUGCCAAAUGAAGAAACUGUACUCGCAUUCAUACUUACUCGGAGCACUAUUUUUUCGUCGUUGUCGUUUUUGCGAGCGGGCGGUCUAUUUUGACGCACUCUUCAUCCUCCCGACCCGAACCCGAUCGUCUUCCUUCGCCUUUUUGUGUCUCCAAACCCUUCGGUGUUCAGUGUUGUCAAUGGUUUAGCUUCUGGUUUUCAAAGCGGCAGCAGCAGAAUGUCCGUUCUGACUGCCGAGAUUUCUAUAUAUCUUGAAGCUUAUUGUAUAUAUGAGUAGUCGCCAUGGGAUGACACAAUGUAAACAAAAAGUAGAAGAAAAAAUUGUGAGUCCUGUGUUCUCUCCAUUUGAGUAUUUUGUAAUUUUUUUGAAAAAUUUGUGGAAAUAAAAUAAACGACUAAGUUACACCACAAAGUC